GUGCCGAUAUAUUAUAACGUCUCUUCAAACCUCGCUUUUACUUGAAAAGAGUUGUUUGUGCUAUGGUUAAGCCAUGGUCGUGUUUUUAAAGGUCAUUCUUUUAUUUUCUUCAACACAUCUGUCAUGGACUUUGGAGGGGGAAAAUCUUUGUUAUAAAAACGUAUCUGAAAGUGGCGAGAGUGUUUUGAAGAAGGAGUGUUGCACCAGCUUUAUGGAAAAAAAUAAUAAGUGUAUAGAAUGCUUGCCUGGAUUUCAUGGAACAAAUUGCAACAGUACAUGUCCACCGGGGAAUUACGGCUCAAGGUGUCUGAAAACAUGUCAUUGUGAUGAUGAUACAGAAUACUGCCAUCAUGUGUGUGGUUGUGUCGUACAAACACCUCUACCUGACAACAAUAGAACAGAUCUCAACAGUUCGGACCCAGUACCGACACAGUCUCUGUGUUUAAUUUCUUUAGAUAUUACCUAUGCAUUAGAUACUACAGCUACAAAUGGAUUAGGUACUACAGAAAUGGAUCCGAUCCGAAAGGACGUGUUGCAGUUUCUAUUACAUAUCGGAUUACCUGGUGUAAUCGUUGUGUGUUUACUAUUUAUUGGAGUUAUAUAUUGCAAUUACACAUUUGGAAAGCAAGAGAAGAAACAAGAACAGAGCAUUCGUCACGGUGCUUCCUAUGGUGGUAAUGUAGAAAACAGAGAUGACGAUAUUCAUAAUGAAGUGGACCAUACAUAUGGAGAUCCUUUGCACUUAAGCGAGGAAGAGUCAUGCUAUAGUACGCUAACACUGAGAGUAAACCGUGGGUCUCUUUACACGUCAAACACUGCAGAAAACACGGAGACAGUCUCCAUGGAUGACAAUCCUUAUGGUUUUACUUUCAAUAGAAGAGAUGAGGAAAAGUUACUAGACAAAAACACCAAUAAUUUCAACGGGAGGAAUGAUGCUUCGGGAAAUGAAAUGAUACAAGGAAUUAGUGAAGACAGCUGCUAUGCUCAUAAUUCCCUUUUACGUCACUACUCAAUUCGUCGGUUUGACUUAACGCCAGAUGACGCAAAUGUCACUGCUACACAGAUUAAAGAUGGCAGACAUUACGAGCUUGCACGCAAUGAUUUUGACCUGGAGUUAGAUAGAGAGAUACAGAGAUACUGAAAAAAAAUGAAACAUGAUUUCAAAAGUUAGUAAUAUUUAAAGUAGCUAUUUAACGUUUAACAUUUUAAACAGAUUUGUUUAGAAAUAAAAAUAUAAUCACACUUGCCAGACAUGUAAGCAAUGAUAUUUUUUUUUGAAAGUAGUCUCAUAACGGUGUGUUUAAGUCCCUCUCGAGAAUUUUGCACUCGUAUCGAGAUGUUACCAAUACCGGUGAAGGGUUUCAAAUAUACGCCAAUGCUCGGCGCUUACGGUCAUUGAGCAGUGAGGGUUCUUUAGCGUGCCACACCAACUGCGACACGGGACGUUUGUGUUUAAGGUCAUCUCAGAGGAACCGUGACAUUCACACCUGAUGUCGAGCGUUUGGCGAUGGAAUUGUCACUACCUGUUUUUAACGACUUAGGUCUGUCGCGGCCGGGAUUCGAACCCUAGCCUUUCGCAUGUGGGGGCGAACGCUCUCACCUCUCGGCCACCCCGGGGCGCUCGAGAAUGUUCAUACACCUAACAGAUUUAUAGUAAUUUUGUCUUUAAAUUUGUAAGCAAAUAUACUUCAAAACUCAAUGCAUUUUAUCACAGGACUAAACAAUAAAUGUAAAUAUCACCUGUUGUAUGUCACAUUGUUUACAUAUGAAAUAUUUUUGUUUUGAUAAUUAUGUCGUUACUUACAGUGAGAGCAUAUGUUCAUUGUAAUCCUGAUUGAAUAAUCUUUUGUGUAUUUGUUUAAUCAUAUACUUGUUUAGUGAGUACGAUAUUUUGGUUGACAGUACAACAGAACUUAAUACGUGUGUACGACGUAAUACUUUUUUGUGGUUGGCUGAACGUCACCGUACAGCAUCCCUAUUGGUUAACUCCAAUCAUGUGACUUUUACAAAUAAGCUUUAUAAAUGCAAGAGGUAGCCAAAACAGCAGACAGUUUUAAGAUCAACAUUUACAUAGCUAAAUUAACCAAGCACACAUUACUGAUGAUGUACUAUGUAAUAAAUUACUCUUGUGACAGAA